AGCCACUAGGCAUCACACUUGGCCCAUUCACUUAUUCCAAGAUCAUAAAUAUUUCAUACAAUUUCUGUCGUCUAUCUUCAAAAUCCAGAUCAGCAACAGUCUGACUUGCUGUGGUGUGGACAGUAGCUACUGUGGUCUGUUAAAUUUCUGUGUCGAGAAAAUAUCAGUUCAGUCUGGCAAUAUUGAUUUGGUUUCUUUCCCUUUGCUCCUGUUCAUCGCUUCCCCCAGCAGCACACCACCUCAUGCCUCUGGUUGAUGCGGAAUUUAACUGGUAAUCCUCCAUCACCAUGUGCAUCUUGCUGUCUGAAGAAAUCGCACAGCAGUACAUGGUGAAGUGACUCUUGGGGUCAAAAUCCUCGUGUUUUUGCUGCGAGAACCGAUUGCGAUCAUUUGAAGUGUGAGUGGAGGGAUGAUCUUCGGGGAUUUCUUCAGCGGAAUGAUCUGCUUAGCACAGAACGCUGUCGGGAUCCUGGGCAAUUUCUCUGUCCUUUACUACCAAACAUUCUUUUAUGACUCCAAACACAAGUUCCGGUCUACCGACUUGAUUCUCAGGCACCUGAUGAUGGCCAACUGCUUGUUGCUUCUUUCUACCGGAGUUCCCCAUAUGAUGACAGCUUUCGGGUUCAAACAUCUCUUCCUUGACUUCGCAUGCAGACUCGCUCUGUAUGUUCAUAGAGUGGGCAGGAGCGUGUCCGUGAGCAGCAUCUGCCUCUUGAGCGUCUUCCAGGCCACCACCAUCAGCCCCAUGAACUCCCGUUGGCAAGGUCUCAAAGUGAGAGCCACAAAGCACCUUCGGUUCUUCAUUUACCUCUGCUGGGUGCUGUACAUGGUGAUCAGCCUUGUUUUUGCUUUCUUUUACUCCAACACAAGGAAUAGCAAAAACAUGACAAAGAAAACGUACCUAGGGCUCUGUUCUGUAGACCAUGACCCAGUGGCCAGCUUGUUAUACAUGGCAUUCAUUGUGUUCCCAGAAGUCGUGUUCUCUGUGCUCAUUAUCUGGUCCAGUGGCUCCAUGAUGUUCAUUCUGUACAGGCACAAGCAACAGGUGCAACACCUUCAUGGAUCUUGGCACUCUCCGGGCUCCUCCCGGGAAAUCAGAGCCACCCAGAGCAUCCUCGCCCUGGUGUGUACCUUUGCGUCGUCCUACACCCUCUCCUCCAUCCUUAACGCAUACCAAUCCAUCUCCGAUGAUUGCAGCUGGUGGCUGGGAAGCAUCAAUGAACUGAAUGCUGGGUUUUUCCCCACUGUUAGCCCCUUUAUCUUUAUGAGCCGUGACCCCCAUGUGUCUAGAUUCUGCUUUCAUUGCGUUAGGAACACAAAACUCCGUAUCAGAAAGCCAUAA